AUGGAAGACGUCCACGGCCGGGCGGAUCUUAUGCAUAGUCUUGAAGACCGCGAGAUACCCUAUAACAGCGGUGCGUCGACUCGCCGCUUGCAAUCGACCAGAGAGUCGAGUUGUGCGGCCAUCGGAGGCGCUGGCACGGCUUUGGACGAUGAAGCUGCAAAGGGGCUGAGGGCGAAACCGCCGGGACGAGCGACGAAACCCAAGAAUAAAUCAGCGCCUGCCACCCAGUCAACAGCAUGGGACCGGCACAAGAAAGAGAUACGGGGCCUGUAUCUCGACGAGAACAGAUCUCUGAACGAACUCAUAGACGUCAUGAAGACCAGGGGUUUCACCGCCACGCCUCGGAUGUACAAAGCCAAACUAGUGGAUUGGGGCUUCGUGAAGAACAACAAGAAGAAGGACAUAGCCCUGAUGCUCCGCUUCCAACGCCAACGGGAUGCGCAGGGCAAGCGCACAGUCUUCCAGCGGCACGGGAGGAUGGUGGAUAUCUCGGCCUACAUAGAUCGAAAGCGAGCUUCACCGUACGACCUCAUGGAAGAUGCUGACGAGGCGGAGCUACCGGGCUACAUCCGGGCUGUCACGCCCCCUCCUCCGGCCAGCCCCCGGCACCUAGCCCUGCCGUCUCACCUGCACGCGCAAGACAUUCUCGUCUCCUGCUUCAGGGACCUGACGGCGGGCUGGAUGGAGCCGGUCAGGUCCCCAAUGUCGUUCAAAACGGCCUUUGACGCCUACAAAACAAAUCCCCUAUGCGAAGCCAUAAGGAACUACGGCCGGGCGAGCAGGUACUUUCUGAAAGGUCAUAAUCCGCACGGCGCACUACUCAGCCAGCAGGCCUUCACCUCUCUCCACCUGCUCAUCAGGGAGCCAUGUGCGCCCGCCCUGUUCGACCUGCUGAUGACUAUCGCCGUCUCGCCCCACCACGGGCUCUUGAAGGAGCUGUGGAACUACCUCGCGGCCUAUGCCCGGAUAACCCAGGGGCCCGGGAGCACUCUGCAUCGGCUCUUCACGGCGCUGCACGAGGCCAUGCGGACCAACGAAUUCAAGGGCAUCCUCCACAGCUGUCUAGGCAGCAUGGUCACGAUGCUGCUCGGAAUAGAGGGCUACUCCCUGAUGGUCGCGUCUUCCAUCAGCUUCUUCAUGCUGAGUGAUCCGCUCUAUUUCGACUGCGCGAGGAAACGCCUUCCACAGCUUCACGGGCUAGUCGCUUCGGCUGCGGCGCAAGUACUGAAAGACCCCGUCCAUGGGCCCCCGGAAGUUCCUCGGUUCCUGGAGCGAGGAGUGUACCCAUGGCAACAAGGCUCCCGCAAAGCGCAAACGAUAACCCUAGCCACACUCGUCAUGGCGGCAGCAGCAGCAGAAGAGGCCCCCUCAGCCCCAGCCCCAGCCCAACCCAACACCCGCGCCGCGGACCCGAUGUACACAUGGCUCUCGUGGCGCAUCCUCAGCACCUUCCACAAGAGCUGGCGGCCCGCGCCGUCGGACCCGCGUCACGCGCUCGCGCGCUACGCCAUGCAGCGCGCCAUUGACAGCGCGGCCGUCGUCGUCGGCGACGGGCACUCGCAGGUCCUGGACGAUAUGCAGACGCUGGAGGCGUGA